ACAUGCAUCUUCUUUUCCUCCUUAAAUUUUCUUUUAGGUUCAAAUAAAAAAAUUUAAGAGAACACACAAAAAAGAGAGACUGGAAGGAAGGAAGGAAGGAAGGAAGAGAGGGAGAGAUCAACAAAAAUUAAGAAGACUGAGAAAAGAUUCCUUAGCCUCCAAAGAUUCCCUUAAUAUCCAAAAAAAUCAUAACAAUGACAUCUCUCUUCUCUAAACCUCGAGCUCUCACUUCUCUAGUCUCCCACUUUAAAACGUACCGUCCGAUCACCGGAAAACUCCAUGUGGCCACCUUGACGCUUCUCCUCUUCCUUGUAGCAGCCGCUGUUGCCGUCACUUCCUCUCUAUGGCUUAGUAAGACGACGAAACAAUUUGAUCGACCGACAUUAGUCACAACAAAAUCGGUACCGGAGCUAGAAUCACCGCAGAAAACCGGGGUAUUGGUAAAUUGCACAAGUUUAUUGAACCAAAACCGGUCUGGUUCUUGCUCAAGAACAUCUCUAUGGCUAAACAAGACAAAAUCAUAUAAUCCACCGACAAUAAUAACAACAAAACCGGUUCACGCACCUGUACCAGUACUAGAGAAGAAAUCAACGAAGAAAACCAGAAUCUCGGUAGAUUGCACAAGUUUCUUGAAUCAAAACCGGUCCGGUUCUUGCUCGAGAACACCUCAACCCGGUUAUAAUAAUAACCAAACCGAAUCGAACCGGGCAUGUCCUGAUUACUUCAAGUGGAUCCACGAGGAUCUAAAGCCAUGGAGAGAGACGGGGAUAACAAGAGAAAUUGUGGAACGAGGACAAACGACAGCGCAUUUCCGGUUACUCAUAGUAAACGGCAAGGUGUUCGUCGAAAACUACAAGAAGUCGAUACAAACUAGAGACGCGUUCACACUGUGGGGGAUUCUUCAGCUGCUGAGAAAGUAUCCAGGGAAGUUGCCUGACGUGGAUCUCAUGUUUGACUGUGAUGAUCGGCCUGUCAUUAGAUCGGACGGUUACGAUAAAUCUAAUCUUACAGCUGAAAAUGCACCACCUGUGUUAUUUAGAUACGGCGGAGAUAGAUGGACGGCGGAUAUCGUCUUUCCAGACUGGUCAUUCUGGGGAUGGCAAGAGAUAAACAUAAAACCAUGGAGCAAAGUGUUGAAAGAAAUGGAAGAAGGAAAGAAGAAGAAGAAGUUUAUGGAGAGAGAAUCUUAUGCAUAUUGGAAAGGGAAUCCUUUUGUUGCAUCUCCUUCAAGAGAAGAUCUUCUUACUUGCAAUUUAUCCUCACAACAUGAUUGGAAUGCUAGAAUUUUCAUUCAGGAUUGGAUAUCAGAAGGGCAAAAGGGAUUUGAGAAUUCAAAUGUAGCAGAUCAAUGCACUUACAGGUACAAGAUAUAUAUAGAAGGGUAUGGAUGGUCAGUGAGUGAGAAAUACAUAUUAGCGUGUGACUCAGUCACAUUGAUGGUUAAACCUUAUUACUAUGAUUUCUUCUCAAGAACUCUUCAACCUCUCCAACACUAUUGGCCCAUUAAUGAUAAGAAUAAAUGUAGAUCCAUCAAAUUUGCUGUUGACUGGCUUAAUAAUCACACUCAAAAGGCUCAAGAGAUUGGAAGGGGAGCAAGUGAGUUCAUGCAAAGAGAUCUAUCAAUGGAAAACGUGUAUGAUUACAUGUUCCAUUUGCUGAAUGAAUACUCAAAGCUUCUUAAGUUCAAGCCUCAAGUUUCCCAAAACAGUGUUGAAAUCUGUACGGAAGCGAUGGUGUGCCCUUCUGGAAAUGCGAAUGGGACUAAUAAGAGGUUUUUGAUGGGCUCUUUAGUCGAUGAACCUCACAUUUCAGGCCCAUGUUCACUACCUCCUCCUUUUGAUCCCAACGGUCUCGAGAAGUUCCAUAGGAAGAAAUUGAAUCUCAUCCGGCAAGUUGAGAAAUGGGAGCAUGCUUACUGGAAAAACGUUCAAUAAAAUGAUACUAUCAAACAGUUUGAUAUGAUUUUAUUUUAGCUUUUAUUUAUCGGAUUACGUUAGAUUUAUGAUAUUUUGAGAAAUAUAUCAUUUAUUCUUAGCA